AUAAUUCCAGCAGUGGCAGAUAGCCCCGGGGGAGGAUUCGUACCACCAAUCUUAACAGAUGGAUCAUCCAGUUCAUCGGGCGGUAACCAAGGUCCCGGGGAAGUGACCCCAGAUGUCCCCGAACUAACCGCCGAUGUCCUUACCGCCACUACCACCAUCCUGUUGUUCGUCGCUUCCGUUAUCGUCGCCCUUCUUGGUUAUUCCCUUUGGAAAGAACGCGAACCAACUGUACUAUACCGAAGUAACUGCAACAAGAAAAAAAAAAACGAUACUAUUUUUAAAAAAAAAUAA